AUGUAUACUCGCUUCUCGCUUUUUAAUACAAAAGUGCUGGUGGCCAUCCAAGACAUUGUGAGAAUUAUUAUCGCAUACAAUACCGACCAUCAUCAAGCACGAUAUGAUAAUUGUUGCACUGUUUGUGAAACCCUACACUUUCGCAGUAGUCAAGUCACUCCUCAGGACUGCAGCGAAAGGUAUGAGAAGGACGAGGACGAGAAGCGGAAGAGAAAAGGCGUAAGCGGAUACAAGAGGAGUUAA